AUGAAGCUUACUUUGGUUCUUGUGGUCCUUGUAGCUUGCUUCUGGUGCUCUGAGGCGCAGAAUGCUAAUUUCUACUGUGGUCGUCAACUUGCUGAGGUACUGUCAAAACUAUGUUGGGAUCAUUCUGAAGAGAAACGUGAUGCUGGGUGGUGGAUGUCUGCGGAUGCGGCUCGGUCACUUAGCGGAGUUCGCGGCAAACGUGGUCCCGUCGACGAGUGCUGCGACAAGCCCUGCACAGUCGAUGAACUACUCGCCUACUGCUUCUAUUAA